CAUGCAAAACCUCCCGGGAAAUCGUUUGUUAAAUUAUUAGGAAACAUUUGAAAAGUAAACAAUUUACAAAAUAUAUAAUUUGCAUGUUUCAAAAUAUUCAAAAUGCAAGAAGAAGAAAGUGCGGCUACCUUUAACGUUAUAGAUGAUUUAAUGAGAAAAUCUGGUAUCGUCGGACGCUGGAUAAAUAGCAAUAAAUUGUCAGUUUGUGGUUAUAAACAUAUUUUUGCAUCAUCUAUAGACAAACCAUCAGAAUUUGCAAAUCUAGAACCUGUUAAUAUAUUUCAUCUUCAGCCAGAAUUUAUUUACGAAGAUUCUAUUUUACGAAGCCUUGUAGCUGAAGCUAAUAGUAUAUUUUUAGCUGCCCACGAAAUUAAGAAUCCUCAAAAAAAUGAUUAUAUUAAGAUUUCGCGCACCUACCGGUGUGUCAUUCGAGCGUGUCUUGAAAAGUUAAAUGAAGAACUUCAAAUUGAAACAGAUGAUAAAAAUAAGACUAAACUCCAAAAUUUUGUAACAAUUUUUUAUAGCAUAGAAUGUGUGUGGCAUUUAUGUGAAAUUCUAUUUAUUGAGUCUUCAACAUCAAAUAUUGUAGUUCCGCAACUUCUAGAAUGGAUUCGCUUUCACUUUCCAACUUACGAGCGACAGGCUACUGAUUUACUUUUGCAAGGUCAUGAAUCCGGAAAUCAAGAUAAUUAUUGGCAAACAAUUAAAGGGUUAAUACUUCAAGGGCAAGUGGAUGUUGCUCGCGCUAUAUUAAAACUCAAUACAUCUUAUUCUACAAGUUCUUUCACAGUAGCAGAGCAAAUUCUUAAAUCUAUGCCAAAAUUUAAUGCUGGUGGGUUAUCUGUGCAGAAAUUUAAAUCUCAAUGGCAAUAUUGGCUAACUGACACAGAAUUGAAAUUAUCUUCUGGAUGCAUGUCAGCUGAACCUGAAUUAGAAGAAAUCAUUAGAAUUGUAAUUGGCCACACAGAGACAUGGGAUGAAAUCAUCAAUUCUUCAAAAUAUUGGUACGAGUUUUUGCCAGGCUUCUUAUUUUACACGGAGCCAGCUUGUAAAUAUUUUGAACUGGGAACUUUAGCAAACUGUUGGCUAAACCGUUAUGCAAAUGUAAGAAAUUGUAGUGAAACUGGAUUUCUUAAACAGCUCGAUCAUGUCAUAUUAAAUGUAAUGGAAAAUGAUAUCAUAAACAUAAUAUUUGCUAUUCAAAAAAUUGGCGAUAAUUUGUGGUUUGCAACACACUUAACUGAUUUGUUAUAUCUUUCUGGACAACUCCAAAUAAAUGGAGAAAAUCAGGAAAACGAUGGCAAAAAAUUAAGGGAUUCGUUUCUUUUUGAAUUUGGUUCUGCACUAAUGGGAAGAGAGUCGCUUUGGAUGCUUGGAAUUGAUUAUUUGAAACAUUGUAACGCUGAAGAACGUAAUAUCAUUAAAUUGCUAUUAUUAAAAGUGCCCAAUCGGAAUGAGUACCAGGCUAUGAAAGUAAUAAAUACGGCAAAAAAAUUAAAAAUCCUGGAAUAUAUCGAACCAGAAGUAAGUAAGGUUCAAGCAAGAAAAUCCAUAGAAUUGAAUCGUUAUGGUAAUGCCUUAGAAUGGGCUAUAAGAUCAAAAGAUUCUGUAUUUAUCACGUCCAUAGCUGACCAUUUUCUGAAUCAUUAUUCCAAUACUGGAGAUAUGUUAUGUCCUGAUGUAGUUGCAAAUGUAGGUGCAAAAAUGUUUGUUUCACCCAGAUUAGUUUUCUUGGUUAAAUAUUUUGAAUUCCAUCAGCACUAUCAAAGAAAAGAAUUUAUACAAGCCGCCGAACUUUUAGUAAAUUUAUUGGAUUCUCAAAUAACUCCAGAAUAUUUUUGGCCAACAUUAUUAUUUGAUGCAGUACCCCUCUUGGAGUCAAAGGAUCCAAAAAUUCCGUCGAGAGAGACUUGCAUUAUUUUACAACAUUUAGAAACAAAUUUAAUUCCACUCAUUGAAAAGAGACGGCAUUUAGAAAAUCCAAAGAUUUUUAAAGAUUAUCGUAUUGAAAAUAUUGAAGAAAUAGUUAAGUUAUUACGUUUGGCUUGCGCUCGUAAUUUGGCAAGAGCAUUAGUCAUUGAAAAUACCGUAAUUGUUUAGAUUUUAAUACCUCAUGAAAUAAAAUUUUUAACCAUGAAAUAAAUAUAUGUAUACGAUUUU